AUGUGGGUGUCAGUGGAGGGUUCAGCGGCGGUGGCGCCUUGUGCUCGAGGGAAACACUCCGCCACGCUGCUGGGAGGAUACGUGUAUGUACUGGGAGGAAGAGGAGCGGGGGGCGCGGUGCCCUUGAGAGACUUCUGGAGAUAUUGUCUAGCAACAAGUAAGUGGGAGCGUUUGGAGGCUAGAGGUGAGCCGCCGCCAGCCCUGCAGGAACAUACAGCUACCGCCCAUCAUGACAGACUGUACGUGUUCGGAGGAGAGGCGGGAGCCUUAGCUGAGACACCGCUCUGGAUAUACGACACUACGGUACUUGAUAUACUGAUUAUUGGAUAA